AAGCAGAAAUAGAAAAGCAGAGGCUUGGCACUGCUGCACCACCAAAGGCAAACUUCAUUGAAGCUGACAAGUAUUUUCUUCCAUUCGAGCUAGCUUGCCAGUCCAAGUCCCCACGGGUAGUCAGCACAUCCCUCGACUGCUUGCAGAAACUCAUCGCAUAUGGGCACAUCACUGGCAACGCCCCCGACAGUGGAGCCCCUGGGAAGCGGCUGAUCGACAGAAUUGUUGAAACCAUUUGCAAUUGUUUUCAGGGCCCUCAGACCGAUGAAGGGGUUCAGUUACAAAUAAUUAAGGCUCUUCUGACCGCAGUGACUUCCCCACACAUUGAAAUUCAUGAGGGUACUAUCCUGCAGACGGUGAGGACAUGUUACAAUAUCUAUUUGGCCAGCAAAAAUCUCAUCAAUCAAACCACUGCCAAGGCUACCCUUACUCAGAUGCUCAACGUCAUUUUCACCCGCAUGGAAAACCAAGUGUUGCAGGAGGCCAGAGAACUGGAAAAACCAAUCCAGUCAAAACCCCAGUCCCCUGUGAUCCAAGCUGCAGCAGUAUCCCCAAAGUUCGUUCGUUUGAAGCACAGUCAGGCACAAAGCAAACCAACAACUCCCGAAAAAACAGAUUUAACCAACGGUGAACAUGCCAGGAGUGAUUCUGGAAAAGUAAGCACAGAAAAUGGAGAUGCGCCCAGAGAAAGAGGCUCAUCACUGUCAGGGACUGAUGACGGAGCCCAGGAGGUGGUGAAGGACAUCUUGGAAGAUGUAGUCACAUCUGCCAUUAAAGCAGCGGAAAAGCAUGGUCUGACAGAACCUGAGAGAGUUCUAGGUGAACUGGAGUGUCAGGAAUGUGCUAUUCCCCCAGGAGUUGAUGAAAACUCACAGACCAAUGGAAUAGCCGAUGACCGGCAGUCCUUGUCAUCAGCAGAUAAUCUGGAAUCGGAUGCACAAGGACAUCAAGUGGCUGCCAGGUUCUCCCACGUUCUGCAGAAGGAUGCCUUCCUUGUGUUCCGCUCCCUGUGCAAGCUGUCCAUGAAGCCCCUUGGUGAAGGCCCUCCAGACCCAAAAUCCCAUGAGCUGCGUUCCAAGGUGGUUUCCCUGCAGCUGCUCCUCUCUGUGUUACAAAAUGCUGGCCCCGUAUUUAGGACUCACGAGAUGUUCAUCAAUGCAAUCAAGCAAUAUCUCUGUGUGGCCUUGUCCAAAAACGGCGUCUCUUCAGUGCCUGAUGUCUUUGAGCUGUCUCUUGCCAUUUUUCUUACUCUUCUUUCAAACUUUAAAAUGCACUUGAAAAUGCAGAUAGAGGUCUUUUUCAAAGAAAUUUUCUUGAACAUUUUAGAAACAUCAACAAGUUCUUUUGAGCACAGGUGGAUGGUCAUUCAGACUCUGACGAGGAUCUGUGCAGAUGCCCAGUGUGUUGUGGAUAUUUAUGUCAACUACGACUGUGAUUUAAAUGCUGCUAACAUUUUCGAGCGCCUUGUAAAUGAUUUAUCCAAAAUUGCUCAGGGAAGAAGUGGACAUGAGCUGGGAAUGACACCACUGCAGGAGCUCAGCCUGAGGAAGAAAGGCCUGGAGUGUCUCGUGUCCAUUCUCAAGUGCAUGGUGGAGUGGAGCAAAGACCUGUAUGUGAAUCCCAACCACCAGACCAGCCUCGGUCAGGAGAGGCUCAUGGAUCAGGAAAUGGGGGAUGGGAAAGGCCUUGACAUGGCGAGACGGUGUAGUGUGACAUCCAUGGAGUCCACAGUGUCCUCAGGGACCCAGACAACUGUUCAGGAUGACCCCGAGCAAUUUGAGGUCAUCAAGCAACAAAAAGAAAUCAUCGAACACGGCAUCGAGCUGUUCAACAAGAAACCUAAGAGGGGGAUCCAGUUUCUCCAGGAGCAGGGCAUGCUGGGAACGUCAAUUGAAGAUAUAGCCCAAUUCCUGCACCAGGAGGAGCGCCUGGAUUCCACCCAAGUAGGCGAUUUUCUGGGAGAUAGCACAAGGUUCAACAAGGAGGUGAUGUAUGCCUACGUGGACCAACUUGACUUCUGUGAAAAAGAAUUUGUCUCAGCCCUGCGGACAUUCCUAGAAGGUUUCCGCCUACCUGGGGAAGCCCAAAAGAUUGACCGAUUAAUGGAGAAGUUUGCUGCAAGAUACAUAGAAUGCAACCAAGGGCAAACUCUGUUUGCUAGUGCUGACACUGCUUAUGUCCUAGCAUAUUCAAUUAUUAUGCUAACUACAGACUUGCACAGUCCUCAGGUAAAAAAUAAAAUGACAAAAGAGCAGUAUAUUAAAAUGAAUCGGGGUAUCAAUGAUAGUAAAGAUCUGCCAGAAGAGUAUCUCUCAAGCAUCUAUGAAGAGAUAGAAGGCAAGAAAAUUGCAAUGAAAGAAACAAAAGAGCUCACGAUUGCAACCAAAUCUACUAAGCAGAAUGUAGCUAGUGAAAAGCAGCGGCGGCUCCUGUACAACUUAGAGAUGGAGCAAAUGGCUAAAACAGCCAAAGCUCUGAUGGAGGCUGUGAGCCAUGCAAAAGCCCCAUUUACGAGUGCCACUCACCUGGACCACGUCCGCCCAAUGUUCAAACUGGUGUGGACGCCACUAUUGGCAGCCUACAGCAUCGGACUCCAGAACUGUGACGACACUGAAGUGGCCUCCUUGUGUUUGGAAGGUAUCCGAUGUGCAAUCCGAAUUGCCUGCAUCUUUGGAAUGCAGCUGGAACGAGAUGCCUAUGUUCAGGCUCUUGCUCGCUUCUCCCUGCUCACAGCCAGCUCCAGCAUCACAGAAAUGAAGCAGAAAAACAUCGACACCAUUAAGACACUUAUCACAGUGGCUCACACCGAUGGCAACUACCUUGGGAAUUCCUGGCAUGAGAUCUUGAAAUGCAUCAGCCAGCUGGAGCUCGCUCAGCUGAUAGGAACUGGUGUGAAGACGCGCUACCUGUCUGGAUCCGGGCGUGAAAGAGAAGGGAGCCUGAAGGGCCACACAUUGGCAGGAGAAGAGUUCAUGGGCCUUGGCCUCGGUAAUUUGGUGAGUGGUGGAGUGGAUAAAAGACAGAUGGCCAGCUUCCAAGAAUCGGUUGGUGAGACCAGCUCACAGAGUGUAGUUGUAGCUGUGGACAGAAUUUUUACUGGAUCUACCAGACUGGAUGGAAAUGCAAUAGUUGACUUUGUCCGCUGGCUGUGUGCUGUGUCCAUGGAUGAACUGGCUUCCCCCCACCAUCCUCGCAUGUUCAGCUUGCAGAAGAUUGUGGAGAUAUCAUACUACAACAUGAAUCGGAUCCGACUGCAGUGGUCUCGAAUAUGGCAUGUGAUUGGAGAUCACUUCAAUAAGGUUGGCUGCAACCCUAACGAAGAUGUGGCUAUCUUUGCUGUUGACUCAUUAAGGCAGCUCUCCAUGAAGUUUCUUGAGAAGGGUGAAUUAGCCAACUUCCGUUUCCAGAAAGAUUUUCUGAGGCCCUUUGAGCAUAUUAUGAAGAAAAACAGGUCUCCCACCAUCCGGGACAUGGUGAUCCGCUGCAUCGCCCAGAUGGUGAACUCCCAGGCAGCCAACAUCCGUUCAGGCUGGAAGAACAUCUUUGCCGUGUUCCACCAGGCAGCCUCUGAUCAUGACGGGAACAUUGUGGAGCUGGCCUUCCAGACCACUUGCCACAUUGUCACAACUAUUUUCCAGCACCAUUUUCCUGCAGCCAUCGAUUCCUUUCAGGAUGCUGUGAAGUGCUUAUCAGAGUUCGCCUGCAACGCCGCUUUCCCUGACACAAGCAUGGAAGCGAUUCGGCUCAUCCGCUUCUGUGGCAAAUACGUCUCUGAGAGGCCUCGGGUGCUACAAGAAUACACAAGUGAUGACAUGAAUGUAGCUCCUGGUGACAGAGUCUGGGUCCGAGGCUGGUUCCCCAUCUUAUUCGAACUCUCCUGCAUCAUUAAUAGAUGCAAGUUAGAUGUACGAACAAGGGGACUCACAGUCAUGUUUGAGAUCAUGAAGAGCUAUGGCCACACCUUUGAAAAACACUGGUGGCAAGACCUGUUCAGAAUUGUGUUUCGGAUUUUUGACAAUAUGAAACUCCCUGAGCAACAGUCAGAGAAAUCUGAGUGGAUGACAACAACCUGCAAUCACGCACUUUAUGCUAUUUGUGAUGUUUUUACCCAGUUUUAUGAAGCUUUGAAUGAAGUUCUUCUUUCUGAUGUAUUUGCACAAUUGCAGUGGUGCGUAAAACAAGAUAACGAACAGUUGGCGCGAUCAGGUACAAAUUGCUUAGAAAACUUAGUAAUAUCCAAUGGAGAGAAAUUCAGUCCUGAAGUCUGGGAUGAAACCUGCAACUGUAUGUUGGAUAUUUUCAAAACAACCAUCCCACAUGUUUUGCUGACAUGGAGACCUGUAGGAAUGGAGGAAGAUUCAUCAGAAAAGCAUUUGGAUGUGGAUCUGGACCGCCAGUCUUUAAGCAGCAUAGAUAAAAAUCCCUCUGAGAGAGGCCAGAGCCAGCUCUCUAACCCAACAGAUGACAGCUGGAAGGGCAGACCAUAUGCAAAUCAGAAACUGUUUGCCAGCCUCCUCAUCAAGUGUGUGGUGCAGUUGGAAUUGAUACAGACCAUUGACAACAUUGUGUUCUACCCUGCAACGAGCAAAAAGGAGGAUGCAGAGCACAUGGUUGCGGCCCAGGUAAGAACAGGAGGCCUCGGGAAGAGCAUCCCUGUCCAUAGGGAGGUUGCUUUGAUGUAGUGUUGUGCAGGAGCCAGCUCAUACUGGCUUUCCAGAGCCCGUUAUGCUCAUCUCUUUCCAACCUCACAUUCAGUGAUGGCAUCACUUUGGAAGGCUGAGGUGGGUUUUAAGGGCAAGUCUAAACCCAAUCUUCUAAAACAAGAAACCAGCAGCCUGGCCUGUUGUUUGAGGAUCCUGUUUCGAAUGUAUGUUGAUGAGAACCGCAGGGAUUCCUGGGGAGAAAUACAGCAGAGACUUUUAACUGUUUGCAGUGAAGCUCUUGCCUAUUUCAUCACCGUGAAUUCUGAAAGCCAUCGGGAGGCCUGGACAAGUCUCCUGUUGUUACUUCUAACCAAAACUCUCAAAAUAAAUGAUGAAAAGUUCAAAGCACAUGCUUCAAUGUACUACCCCUACUUGUGUGAAAUUAUGCAGUUUGACUUGAUCCCUGAGCUCCGAGCAGUUCUGCGGAAGUUCUUCCUACGGAUAGGUGUUGUGUAUAAGAUAUGGAUUCCAGAAGAGCCAUCACAGGUACCAGCAGCACUGUCACCAGUGUGGUAGCCCUGGCCGCCCCGGCCACUGCUGCAGCUCUGCGGAAUGUUCAGCAUGCCAUCUCUGACUGGCACAUCUCGUGAAGGGUCAUAGAAACAAGGAGUUGGCAUCUUGGAUCUCAGAAUGACCUGGAUACGGAUGGCCUCUACGCUGCUCCAUCACAGUCCCCAACUAAGGCUUAUGGUAUUUCAUUAAACCGUUGCAUACCCAGUUAGCACAGUAGGUGGGGAGUCUGCUUCAUCUCUAUCAUUCCAUUUUUCUGAUUAAACUGUCAAAUCUGUCACUGCAUAUGCCAUCAUUUUCUAGCAAAAUCCCAUGAUUGGCCAUAAACGUUUUGUAAGAAGAAGUCACUCUCCUUGAAAAUACUGAACAUAGCUGUAUAGGUUUGUGAUUAUUAGAGAGUAUGUUAAUAAAACUUCUUGUAACGGCUAACUGCCACCUAAAAUAUGCUGGGUUUUCUGUUGUUGUUUGAGUGUGUUAGAGAAAUUUGAGUGUUUUUGUCAGUUAUGAGUCAGCCGUAAUUAGAUUAGUUUAGGGACAGGUUGGGAUUAGAGAAGAGUUUUUUUUGUGUGUUUUGUUAAUGUCUGAGUGAUUUUAAAAGUAUUUUACAAAAAGAUACUGAAAAUUUGGUUGAAGUUUAGUAAUUAAGUUAGAAUUAAGAGUUUUGCGAGGUUAAAAAAAUGUGCCUCGUGGAUCUCCCUGUUUUAGUAACAUGGGGAGAAAAAGUCUACAGGAAAAAGUGAACAAUUUAAUGAAGAUGAUUAUUAGCCUUCCUUGAAGUAUUUGUGGAUGGGUGUUAAAUUAAAAUGUCCAGAAUACACUGUCCGUCUCACACACUCUGAAAUCUAAUAUAUGAAGUAGUAAUGAAAAUGAAGUAGUAAUUUAACCAGAGUUCAUUUAUCCUUGAAUAAACCUUUUUAUUUUUACCUCAGAAAAGUGAGUAUACUGGCAGUUAGUGUCACUGCUUUGCACAGUCCCCAUUAGACCCUCCAGAGAGGGACAGUAACUGUGCAUAAGAAGCCGCUCCCGUGAGCCUCCUUGGCCUCAUGUCAUGAGUGGAACUGGAGCUGUGUCGGGGCCAGCACAGCUGAACUGUGACAAUGGCAGGAGGUAGCAUGUGCCCAGCACUUCCAUUAAUCUGAGCCUAGGAGUUGAAUUCUUUGGCAAAGUUAGAUUCUGAGGUCCUUAUUAUGUUAAUGAUGGUGCAAUACUCUCACCUGCAGUAGAACUGAGUUCUGAUGCAGCUUGUGUAAAAGCGGGCAGUACACAAGUACGACCUGAACCUGCGAACAGUAUAUACAUGGAUGCUCACCCAUGAGAAGGAGCACACACGCCUCAUUCUCUGCCCUCACCCACUGCUCACCUAGAGCAUCGCUGAGCGUUAGACAAAGUGUUACACGGAGUGAUUAAAACAUUCAGACGUCUACCUAUGCUCUUUAGUCCUGUAAAUUGGGUUGUAUUGAUGUCAACUCUGGUGCCUUAGAAGUUAGUAGUUUGGGAACCUAUCUGUAAAAUCGGAUGUUUUUUCUUUGUAGAGAAGGAUUUCUGGUGCUUUUGCUUACUAAGAGACCGAUAUUCUUCAGUUGUUUUCUUGUUUUAAUAGCCUUGAGAAAUGUUUGGUUUUUGGCCAGCAGAAUUCUUAUCUACUUUUUUCUUUCCCAAAAAGUGUUUUUUAAUUUCUCUACCAAAGAAAAAAUGAGCAAGUUUAGGUUUUUACAUGACGUACAUACAUUAGAUAAAAGGAGCUAUAUAAUUUAGCAGGAAAGGACUACGGGAGAAUACUUUAUUGUGAGUGGAAAAUGUUGGCACAUUUGACUGGCUUGCCCUGGAAUCCACUGCACUGUGAAACCUACGCUCCCUGGUAUCAUAGCACGUUGCCACCUCAACAAGUCAGUUGCCUCCAUUGGUAUUUGUACUAAAGGUAUACAUGGGGAACACAUGUUCAUUCAUUAAGUUUAUCUUGCAUGCAGCUAUAUCCCUGAUUGGUUAUUUUCCUUUCCUUCUGAGGUUCUCAUGUCAUUUUCUUCAUCGAAUGUGACUAAAAUCUUUCCGGUGUCUUCCUGCCCUCUCUUUAAUUUUGCCUCUUGCAGGGUAGCAGAUGUGUCAGUGCAUUUUAUUACUUGCUGAAGACAUUCCGGCUUAAAUUUCUUAUUAGUUUAGUAUUUUAAAAGAAUCAAUUUUCUGAAUGAGGCAUUUGAAUUGUACCAGCAAUGGACUUUUAAAAAACUGGAUGUAAAACCAUUCAGGGUAAUUUUUCUUAUCAGUGGACAGUGACGAACAGAGGAAAUCCCUUACCUCCAAUAAUAAGCCAUUCAGCCUAAAUUCAUUUUUAUGAGUAAAUCUAUUCUUUCUCAUGGCAAAUGUGGCCUGUGCCACUCAAACACUAGUGAAAGGGUAUGUACAACUGCAGCAUCAGGCCAGAACACCAUUUAUUUAUCCGAGUAAUGUAGGAGAGUGAAACAUUUUCCAAGGCCUUAUUUCUUUUUCAGAAUGCUUUAAGUGUUGAUUAUAUGUGCUAGGUCUCUCGAGAAGUUUUUAUUUGUUACAAUACUGCUGCUUUGAGCAAUUUUGUUUCUCUUCAUUGUCUGUUAGGGAAAUCACCAGCUUUGGCAUCUUAACAACAAACAGUGGAUGGGUAAUUUUUAUUUCUGAUACGCAUCUUUAGAGUCAAAUAUAUCUUUUCCUUGUACUCCUUAUGUACAACCAAAGAACAUACAUUAUGAAAAUUGUAUUAUAAUAUCUGGAAACACAACAUUUUCCUCUGACAGAUGACUUUUGUACAAAAUGAGAAAAAAAAAAACCCUGUACUUUUUUUUGUUGUUCUUUUGUGAUUAAGGGUAUAUACCUUUAGUAGUCUUUGUUAUUAAAGGAACCUGCUGAUAAGUACAAGUAUGACCAUCUCAUUCAGAUGUUUGUUGUUAUGAUGCAAAUGGAUAUUGGUUUCAAUAGAAGCUGGAUCCUUAAUACUGCAUUUUCCAAAUUUUGUUUUAAUAUUUUUGUUAAAGUAGACAUAGCUGAACUCACAUGAAAUCUUGGAAUUUUGUUAUCAGCAGCUUUGCAGUUCGGGAAACAAAGAAACCAAAGCUGAGUAUUUUAAGGAAUGAACAUACCUGGAAAUCCUUGCUCUCAAAACAAAACAAUGUAAUCUAUCAAAGGUGUUGUUUUACUCAGUGUUCUAAUUUUUAAAAAAUUUUAUCUGCAUAUUUGCAUCAAAUAUUUAUGUGCAAAAUGUAUGUUUUACCUCCUUAAAAUGCCUAAAAGUUAGUUAAUAGUUACUUUGGUUUAAUCUAUACACAAUGAUUAAGUGCAUUUAAUAUUGGUAAUUUAAUGAAAACCAUUCCUUGCCCAAUGGAUGUAUAAAUUUUUGAAAGAAUAAGCAGAAUUAUAUAAUAUGAAAUGCUAUGUAAAGUUUUCUAUGUAAAAAUAUUAUGUAUAAUACUAUUAAAAUAUCCCAUGCUUUGAUCAGGUGGUAAAUCAAUAAAAAUUUAAAAAGUA